GACAUAAAUGACAUUUCUUGCCGGCCCUGUCAAAUUCUUUUUUGUAGUGAAAUUUUCCCGUUCAAAAUGGCGGAAGGCACUGCUACAGUACGUACCAGAAAAUUCAUGACCAACAGGCUGUUGUGCCGCAAACAAAUGGUCGUAGACGUUUUGCACCCUGGCCAACCUUCGGUCAAAAAAACCGACAUCAGAGAAAAGCUGGCCAAAAUGUAUAAAGUCACUCCUGACGUUAUUUUCGUUUUCGGGUUCCGUACUAACUUUGGAGGUGGAAAAUCUACAGGGUUUGCACUAAUUUACGAUACCAUGGACUUUGCCAAAAAGUUCGAGCCCAAACACAGACUGGCCAGGCACGGUUUGUACGAGAAGAAACAACAAACCCGUAAACAGAGGAAAGAAAGGAAGAACAGGAUGAAGAAGGUCAGAGGGACGAAAAAGAGUAAAGUUGGAGCUGCAGCCAAAAAGGGAGGAAAAUAAUAAUAAUAAGUAAAUGGAUCACCUAAAUAACAAGCCUUAAAUUGUGUGUAACAGCACAUAAUGCACCAGCUGGCAUUUAGGUAAUAAAUCUUCUUUUUUUUUUCCAAUAAAUAUUAUUUAAGUUGUACCACUGUAUUUUUAUUUAUAUAUUUAUUAUGGGUAUUGGAAUAUUACGC